UGCGGGAUGCAGCUCCAACCCCGCUGCAUGGCACUUGCAGGUAGGCACCGAAAUAAACCAAAUUGUUACUCUUCACAGGGACCGGAAACUACGAUGCGCAAUCCUUCUUUCUAUUGCCCCGUGUGCUACGAUUAUCUGCCCCGUUAUCCGUUCUCGAUGCAGCCUGAUGAAGACAGAGCUCCGUCUUUCCUAUCCUCCCUUCUCCCAUCUGCCCACCUUGCGGAGAAACGAGUUAGCCCUUACUUAUCCUUUAAGCUCGACUGCUGGAGGUGUCAAGCUUGGCUCUCUUCAGACUUCAGGGGCAAGCCAACACGGUCGCACUUUUCUGGCUUGAGCAUAGGAAAUGUGUUAGUUCAGGGUGAACGACGGCUUGCGGAGACCGUGUGUGUUUUGUGAGCGGCUCUUUGCCUGCCGGAGCAGCCUUCGCGAACCCGGCUGCCAACCCCCCUGAGGCGAUUCCAGCACUACCCGGCCCGUCACCAUGGACUCCUUCAUCCCGAUGGGUGGCAUUCAGCUGCCCGGCCCUCAGCGCCGGCUGAGCCGCCUUUACAAUGACACCAAGAAGUCGUCAGACUUCGUCAAGGAACCCGUCCACCAUGCCGAGGCCGACCCCGAGAUCAAGGUGUUGCAUCGCAAGCUCCGCAUUCAGAAAGACCGCCUUGCAACCUGGGGCCUGGAGUGGUCCGACCCCAACCAGUCUGCCGAGAUACUCAUCGAUUCUGCCAUCUCCAAGGCUGGUCUGAGCGACCUUGUUGGCAGUAUCAUGUCCACCAUCAAAGAUAUCCUAGCUGAGGUCGAGCCGCUUUGGCAUGGCUCUCGCCGCCUCGCCGGGGAGACAGUCGAACCAGAGAAUCCGCCAAAGAAGGGCGAGAAGAUCCAAAUGGUUGUCUGGGACAAGAACAAGUUCGAGGAUCUUGUUCGUGACCUAACAACUUCGAUAGACACGCUGUACGACCUGUCGCGGACAAGAUCUUCGUACGUCCAGGCUCCGGACUCGCUGAGGGAGAGGCUCUCGAAGCCAGCCCAAGCAACAGAAGACCUGCGUCCGUUCGAAUCAUCGAGGAUCCAGACACCGCGGCAGAUCGACCCGAAUUCGCUGACCAACCUGCGCGCCAUGCAGGCAGAGCCCAUGACGGAGCGCGCUGAGCAAGAGCGUGCGCGCGAGAUUGUUUUCAUGAGUAGGCAGGCCUACGCGGAGCUCACCCAAGGCACUGGCAGCAGGCAACCGCACGCCCCUCUUCUGUUGGAGUACGCCUCUUUCGACUCGAUCUACUCCAUGACUGGCAUAUCGCCGCCCAUGGCUCGCUUCGAAAAGCUCUCAGCCGGCCUACAAUCAGAGCCUCAGCGAUCACCCGGGUCCUGGACAGGCUUGCCCCGGCUUCUUGGUUAUUUCGAGGACAUGGAAAACUCGAGGUUCGGGCUUGUUUACCAAUUUCCACGGACGUUCAACCCCGUCACCUUCGAACAUCUCACACAGAACCCACUCUACAACUUAUGCUCGCUUGCGGACCUCCUGGCUCGCCCGGAUUUUGAACCCAAGCUCGAGGCAAAGUUCCGUCUGGCGGCGAAUUUGGCGAAUACUGUCUUCGAUAUGCACGCGCGCGGCAUUACCCACGGCAAUCUCGUCUCGGAAAACGUCUCCUUUUGCAACGCAGUGGGUACUGAUCCCGAAGUCAGCGGGAUUACUCAAGGAGAGGUAGACAUCAGGAGGCCCCUGAUCUCCUCCUUUGACCUGUUCUCGGAUCCACAGUCACAGGAUGAGCCGAGAACCUUCUCCUUAUACAAGCAUCCCCUUGACCCUAGAAACAGUGCACAAUCACCCCUUGCCGGCAAUGCGGACUCCAAAACGUUUGAUCUCUACUCACUCGCUAUGAUUCUCUUGUCUGUUGGUUUAUGGACCAAGCUUGAGAACCUGGUUCCUAACAUGGAAUCCCCAACGCUGCCCCAAAGCGUCCUGGAACAGCUUGCCAUCCGAUGUGGCACGCUUUAUAUGAAGGCAGUGCAGACCUGUUGGAAUGCUGUGGAUCAGGAAAUGGGCGGGUUCCAAACAACCGAAGAGAUUGUCUCGCGUGUCCAGUUCAAAGCAAGCCGGUAUUUGGAGGCAUGCUGUAUUCUGGACGGUGUUAGCAGCUUGGAAGAGCGCCUUGGCGACGAUCUCGGCGAGCCCCGGCCCGAACCUGCGCGACUGAGUACUUCCUCACUCGCGGGACCCUCGAAGGACUCGAAAUCUGAAAAGUCUCCUAGCGGAGCACCGGCAACACCGAUCAAGAGCGAGGUCAUGCAGCAGAGCGACCCAGUUCCCUCUAGCAUUCCUCCACUACCUGAACUAGCCGGGGAAGCACUAGGUGCCGCUGAGGCUCCCGCCAUGAAAGCGUCACCCAAAAUGCGGCUUUAUCCUCAAGCCCCCUUGCCCCCCGAGGUCGUUGAGCAGUGGAACACUAUUUUCAUGCCGCAGAUCAACAGCGCCCUGCGGCACUUUUAUCGCAAAAACCCCGAAUCGGUCGAGAUAUCCCUAGAGUCAAUCGGCGAGUCGCCCCAACGAACACGGCCUACGGUUCUGGUCGUUUGCACAUCCGUGAAUAAGGUCCGCGCGAUACUCAUCAGAAAGCUAGGGUCCCUGUUUGACGGGACGGGUGGCGUCGCCCUGAAGGUGUGCCGAGGCCGAGUGCUUCGAUCUCGGAAGGAGCUCGCCACGCGGAGCACAGCCAAACAACGCGACGACGGCCGCAGCGAGGUUGUGCCUGCUAAUCCUGACUAUCAAGAACGGCCACGUAAUGGAGCCAGCAUCGGAGCAUGGAUCGGCGAUCGCCACCUGCCGCCCGUCAGCCUCGGAGGAGUCAUCAUGGUUGAUGGUAGAGAGUACGGGAUGACGGUCCAUCACAUGCUGGAUGACCCGGACCAGGACCAACUUGAAACGGUGCCUGGAAGUAGUGCCCCAACCAGGAGCAUGGCCGGCUCACAAGGAGUUCCGGACCUUGCCGCAUGGUACGCACAGCAGUACCAGAAUAGCGAUUCCGAUCCGGACAGCAGCGGUUCGGAAGAUUAUGCCUGCGAAUUCUCCGAUUCAGAUUCCGAUACUUAUUCCGAAUCCGCCAUCACAAGCGAAUACUCUGACGAGGAAGACGACGGCGAAGAUCAGUAUACCGAACCUGGGGACAUUCCUGGCGUGGAGCCGGGGUGCGGAGAAGGAUAUGUAGUGACGCAGCCUGCCCUCGAUGAUGUCCCCGAGGGGUUCUACCCGUCAUCUGAGACCGAAGACGAGGACCAUCUAGAUACGUACAGCCUCGGCGAGAUCUAUGCCUCGAGCGGACUCAGACGACGCACAGAGAAUGGGCUCUUGCAUGAAAUUGACUGGGCCCUGUUUGAGUUCAGCGAGGACAGGCUUCCCAACGGCAAUCUCAUUCCUCAAAUAGCCCGAUCAUCAACAGCUAGCGAUUGGGAACGAGACAAUGAAUCAUGGACCUCAACUGGCGGAUUGGCAAUCCACCCGACCACGAUCAUGCCCUCCUCGGGUCUUCCUGGCCUUGAAGUUCAAUGCAUGGCACGGACGAGCGGAUUGCAAAGCGGUCUUGUUCUUCCAGUUAUCGCAUCCGUCAAAAUCUACGGGCGAACAUCGCCCAGCCAGAUCUACCAAGUGUCAGGAGUGCAGAGUCAAGGAAACCACGACGAGCGUCCCCGAAACCGAUCAUUAUCCAUAGGCAUCCCAGGCGACAGCGGAGCGUGGGUGAUUGGCCGUGACCACGGCCAAGUGUGCGGCCACAUUCUGGCUUGGAGCGAGCGAAAGCGGGUGGCCUACAUCUGCCCAAUGGAUGUCAUCCUGCUCGACAUUGCCGAGACUCUGGAGGCAAACGAGAUCCGUUUACCGGGAGGUGAACCAGUCUUUUCACGCCAUCCCCAGAAGCGCAGUAGUACAUUGACAGGACCGAGGACACCGUCGGCCCAACACCUCGAGCCUCUGGAUGAACAUGAAGAGAUGCCGGACCGGGCGGCAGAGGGCAUGAAUGAGCGGCAGCAGGCAAGCCGCCGGUUGCAGACCAGCAGCAGAAGUUCAUACCACCGCACUCCGGGAGUAGGAAUUCCAGGGGUUCAGCUUGAUGCCGAUGCUGAGUCAUAUGAUCCAAAUGUCGAGGUAGAUCUUGCGACAAAUCUCAGGGAGAUGCACAUAACGGACCAGGCAGUGCCGAUGAUGGGUACCAGUACAUGGGGCGUUUUUUGAUACCACAGUGCUGUACUCAUAAUCCGAUGUACUUAAUAUCAUCCGCAAGCUGUCAUGAAAUGAAUGACCAUGGUGGCGCCCGGCUACGUAAUAAUUCACGGCGAUUCGGUGCAUUGGCCGUUCCCAACAAUUAUCACGAAUAGUAGAUUCGCCAUCAUUCUAAUGAUAAACACUGAC